AUGGACGUUUUUGUAGUCCUGCUGACUGUCUGCCUUAGUGGUGUGGUCAGUUUAACCUUGGAUGACCUUUACCCUUACAAUGUAACAUCAGAUGACCAACUACUACAUCGAAAUGAUGACGGCAGUUCUUCCGAAAUCCUGUUUUCGUUUCCGUUUUACAACAACAGUCGGUCUUCAGCAUUCGUGAACACUAAUGGUGAUAUAACAUUUGGUAAUUCGUUAAGUCAGUAUCGUCCAUCUGCUUUCCCACUGCCUGGUAACUACGUGAUGGUUGCCGUCUUCUGGACUGAUAUUAUUACAUAUACCGUCGGAGAAAUCUGGUACAAACUAAGUUCAAACCAAGAUCUCCUGGACCGAGCAACAUCGGACGUACGAUCAGCAUUUACAGAUCAAACUGAUUUUAGUUCGUCCUUGGUAUUUGUUGUUACCUGGAAUGAAGUACCGUAUUACGGAGCGUCAGGAGAUAACCUACUCCUGAGAAACACUUUCCAAAUUGUACUUACCACUGACGGCACUAAAUCAUUUGUGAUGUUCCAUUACUACAGACUAGACUGGGCGAAUGGUGCUUUGGUUGGGUUUAACGCUGGGGAUGGAGUCAACAGUUACACCGUUAAUGGUUCCAUGUCUGAUGAUAUCGUCAACCUAGUUAACAGAUCUAAUACAGGUGUUCCUGGCAAGUUCCUCUUCCGCGUUGACGGAGUCGAAAUACAACCGGCUGGUCAAAAUAUCACUAGUAGGUAUCGCCACAAGAUCUUCAAAUGGGAUAUCUGUUGUAGAAAAUCUGUAAAACGAGUUAAUCGAUGGAAGUGA